AUGAACGGAACGAUUCCAGAAAGCAUCGGGAUACUGGCAAUGCUUGUUUCACUGGACCUUCGUUGGAAUUCUUGGGAAGGUGUCCUAACUGAAGCUCAUUUUCAAAACCUCACCCGAUUAAAAUCUCUUUGGUUGUCUACGAAAGUUUCUGCAAAUUCGACGUUGGUUUUAAAAGUCAAACAGGACUGGGUUCCUCCUUUUAAGCUGAUAGACCUUCAAUUAACUAACGUGCGGAUCGGCCCAACCUUUCCAACUUGGCUUAAAACCCAAAAUGAACUCAAUGUUCUUUGGCUCGAGAAUGCUGGCAUUUCUGACACCAUUCCACAUGGCCUUUGGAAGUCUUACCCAAAUGUUACUGAUUGGAAUCUAUCUCAUAACAAACUACGCGGGCAGGUACCGUACUUUAAAUUUCAACCUUUGGUUGCUCGUGUUGAUUUGAGGUCCAACAAGUUAGAGGGUGAGUUAUUGCCCAACUUGCGUUGGUUGGACCUCUCGUCAAAUUCAAUUACUGGCAGAAUUCCCCAUUCUAUUGGAAUGCUAAAGGAAUUAGGCUUUCUUAUUUUGAGAAAUAAUUUCUUGUCUGGGAAACUCCCACCUCUUUGGAAGGAUUUACAGCAGUUAAGGAUAUUGGACUUAGCAAAGAACAAUAUAUCUGGCAAUGUUCCAAGUUCAAUGCGAUAUUUGAGAUCAUUGGAGGCAUUAUCAUUGAGCCAAAAUCAUCUUGAUGGAGAGUUUCAUUCUUUCUUUAGAAACUAUAAAAACUUGCAAAGCCUUGAUCUUGGAAGGAACAAAUUCUCUGGAAAACUUCCAACAUGGUUAGGAGAAAGUCUACCAUCUUUAUUGAGGUUGAGACUAAGGUUCAACUUGUUUCAGGGGGAUAUACCUCAACAAUUAUGUCCUCUUUCAAAUCUCCAAAUCCUAGACCUUGCACACAAUGAUUUUUCAGGAGUAAUCCCUCAAUGUUUAGGAAGCUUGUGUAGUAAUGAGAAGGAACAUUAUUUUUUAGAGUAUGAUUACCAAAUCUUUUUGGUUACCAAAGGAAUAGAAUAUGGAUAUGGUCAAACUUUUUUUGGUCUUGUAUAUUCUAUAGACCUUUCGAGUAACAAUUUAUCAGGAGAAAUACCUGAUAAUAUAACAAACAUCUUAGAAUUGGUCAUCAUGAAUUUUUCAAUGAAUCAUCUCACUGGAAGAAUUCCUAAAAAAAUUGGGAAUUUACACAUGUUAGAAACACUUGAUCUCUCAAUGAAUGAGCUUUGUGGUGCUAUCCCUGAAAGCUUGUCGUCUUUGACAUUCUUAAGUCACUUGAAGUUGUCAUCCAACAACUGGCCUGGGAAAAUUCCAAGUGGGAAUCAACUUCAAACACUUAAUGACUCUUCUAUCUACGAAGGUAACUCUUUACUCUGUGGGCCUCCUCUUUCAACCAAGUGUUCAAAAGAUGAAACUAAACUUAGAGUAACACCAAAUGGUACGGUGGUAACAAAAAUGGAAGGGGAGUUGAGUCAUUCUCGUUCUGGAUUAGCAUGGUAG